AAUUUGGCAACACUGGGACGACCACGACCGACACAUGUUACCUAACCUUUCUAAACAAAAUAACAAAAUAGUGUAAACCGUACAAAUUUUUGCGGUUUUAAUUUAUUUAACAAAGUGUUCUGUAAUGUUUAAAUUUUAUUAAUUUUGCUCAAGAUUUUAUAUUUUGCAUUCGUUUAAUCAAAACCGCAGAAUGAGUAAAUAUGUGAAUUUAUUAAAUGUUAAAACAAAAUAUGCAUUGCGUAUGAAUCGUUUGAGUAAUCGAAUAUUUGGAGAAGUUGUACGAGAUGUACCACAAUCAUCAAUGAAAGUUGUUAAAUUAUUUAGUGAAAAACCAAUUAACAAAAGACCAGAAAUAGUUGAUUAUUAUCCACGACUUCGUGACACGCAUUUAUUGAUGAAACAUUUACGAUGGUACGGUCUAUUUAGAGAUGAACAUCAAGAUUUUAAAGAAGAACAACAACGUUUACAAAUUCUUCGUGGUAAAAAGCCGUGGGUAAAGGGACAAAAAAAAGAGAAAAAUUAAAUUAAAUGUAUUUAUAGUUAAUAAUACACAAAUUAUUAUGAUUUAAA